UGGAGUUCACACAGUGUCACCUUUGUGUGUGUGUGUGUGUUUUUUUCCCCCAAAGAGGUUAAAUUGUCCAUGAAAAACAUUUGAGGGUUUUUUUGCCACCUCUGCUUUCUAGGUGCUGUCAAGCUUGUGCGCGCGCGUGUGCGCGUGUUUUUAAAAUGACCGGAGUGAUGACAGGACUCUGCUAAAAGUCUCAGCCUGGUAUGAAAUAGCUAGCUGCUCCUGCACUACGUGAUGUCCGAUAACGGAGAAGUGGAGGACAAGCCACCAGCACCGCCUAUGAGGAACACCAGCACCAUGAUGGGAUCCGGUAUCAAAGAGCCGAGCGCAAUGAACCACACCUCCAAACCCCUGCCGCCCAAUCCCGAGGACAAGAAGCGCAAGGACCGCUCCAUCCGCUCCAUCCUCACCGGAGGAGGAGAUAAGACCAACAAGAAGAAGGAGCGUCCAGAGAUCUCUCUGCCGUCAGACUUUGAGCACACCAUCCACGUGGGCUUCGAUGCCGUCACCGGAGAGUUCACUGGUAUGCCAGAGCAGUGGGCUCGUCUGCUCCAGACGUCUAACAUCACCAAGCUGGAGCAGAAGAAAAACCCUCAGGCCGUCCUAGAUGUACUGAAGUUCUACGACUCCAAAGAGACGGCUAACAGCCAGAAGUAUAUGAGCUUCACAGAUAAAAGCUUGGACAGUUACAGCUCCUCCAAUGUUCCGAACUCCAAAGCCGUGUCUGAAAACCCCGCCGUAGCAACCGUAUCCGAGGACGAAGACGAGGACGAGGCCACGCCGCCACCCGUGAUCGCUCCACGACCCGAACACACCAAAUCCAUUUAUACCCGUUCGGUAAUUGAGCCCCUGCCUCCCGCCCCUGUCAAAGAUGCACCCCCGUCUCCCGUCUCUCCUCCACCUGCCGAGGGAGGCAGCGCCGCUCCAGCCGCCUCCUCUACCACGCCACGCGCCGCCGACAAGAACCGCAAGAAGAAGAUGUCCGACGAGGAGAUUCUGGAGAAACUGCGGAGUAUUGUCAGUGUGGGUGAUCCAAAGAAGAAAUACACACGCUUUGAGAAGAUUGGCCAGGGGGCGUCUGGAACGGUCUACACAGCAAUAGACAUCGCCACAGGACAAGAGGUGGCCAUCAAGCAGAUGAACUUGCAGCAGCAGCCCAAGAAGGAACUCAUCAUUAAUGAGAUCUUGGUUAUGAGGGAAAACAAGAAUCCCAACAUCGUUAAUUACCUGGACAGUUACCUGGUUGGCGACGAGUUGUGGGUGGUGAUGGAGUAUCUGGCUGGAGGAUCUCUGACGGACGUGGUGACGGAGACGUGCAUGGACGAGGCGCAGAUCGCCGCUGUGUGUCGAGAGUGUCUUCAAGCCCUGGAGUUCCUGCACUCCAACCAAGUGAUCCACAGGGACAUCAAGAGCGACAACAUCCUGCUGGGAAUGGACGGCUCCGUCAAACUCACUGAUUUCGGCUUCUGCGCCCAGAUCACCCCUGAACAGAGUAAACGCAGCACCAUGGUCGGCACUCCGUACUGGAUGGCCCCAGAGGUCGUAACCCGCAAGGCUUAUGGACCUAAAGUAGACAUCUGGUCUCUGGGCAUCAUGGCUAUCGAGAUGAUUGAGGGAGAGCCUCCAUACCUCAACGAGAAUCCUCUGAGGGCGCUGUAUCUCAUCGCCACUAAUGGCACUCCAGAGCUGCAGAACCCCGAGAAGCUGUCGUCGGUUUUCCGAGAUUUCCUCAACCGCUGUUUAGAGAUGGACGUGGAGAAAAGAGGUUCUGCCAAAGAGCUUCUACAGCACCAGUUCCUGAAAGUGGCCAAGCCUCUCUCCAGCCUGACGCCGCUGAUCCUGGCAGCCAAAGAGGCGACCAAGAACAACCGCUAGCUCAGCACGGACGAGCACAGUGCCAUCUGUCUUCUCUCUUCUUCUACCCUAAACUCCCACGGCCACUCCCUACCUGUCUUUUUAUUGGGCAAGGACCUGUAGAGUUUCUGAUGUCAGGGACAUGGUGUGUGUGUAUGUGUGUAUGUGUGUGUGUGUGUGUGUGUGUGUGUGUGUGUGUCCACUCACACAGCUCUCUAGAACGAUGGCAUCACUGUAUAUGAAGAAUCCACUGGAUGCCACAGUGGAGCAACGCUGUAUAUUUAACUAACAGGAUCAGAUCUGCCUCUGACCCGCUGUUUCUUUUCAUCCGACUUUUCUUUUCGCCCGCGUCUCUAUGUUUGUGGUACUUUACGAACGGGAUGAAGGUUUUUUUUUUAUUAUUAUUAUUAUUUUUAAAAGAUGUUUUUGUAUAUCCAUGAAUCCAACUAGAUUAUUGGACGUUGCAAUACCGCUCUACUGCGACGAGAACGAGCGACGCCGGUACUGACCCGGAGGGACGGCUGCUGCACGUGCGGAAUUAAAACCAUGAACUGGACGUUAAAGACGGAUGCUGUGCAUGAAGAAGGCAUCCUCAUCCUUUUAUAGUCACUUACUUUCACCUCUGUUAUUCUGUCCCUUCCCCUGCGCUUUGAAAUCAGGAUGUACGUUUCUUAUUGACGAAAUUAAAACAAACUGUAGCAACAUGUGUCGUCAUGAACACUGAGUUAAUAGUGAUGAUUUUCCUUUUUUCUAAAAAAAAAAAAAGAUGACAUUAUGUAAUGUUUUAAUUAUUUCCUUUUUUGUACGUAGCGCUGAUGUACCCUUUGGCCUUAAACUGUGACGCAAAGGGAAGACGACUUUACUAAGACGGUACAGCCUGCUUUUCCCUGAACCCUUUUUGUUUGACUCUGAUGGAUGGGAGAACGUCUUUCUCUUGUGUUUUUUGAGCCAUAAACUCUGUUUAUAAGGCGUUUUUGAUUACAGAUUCUUAUCUGAAGCAGAAGAAAUAAACUGUACAAACGAA